CUUGCAUCUGCAAUAUGCAGUCCUUGCCAGUCAUUCUUCUUUCUAAUGGUUCUACGAAUUUCAUAUCUCCAGACAGCAACCAUGGAGAAGGACAAAGCAAUGGAAGAACUGAGUAAAGUGAAAGAAGCCGAGAUAAAUAUUUCCAAAGAAAUAGAGGAAGACAAGAUAAAUAUUACCAAAGAAAUAGAGGAAGCCAAGAUAAAUAUUUCCAAAGAAAUAGAGGAAGACAAGAUAAAGAUUUCCAAAGAAAUAGAAGCACUAACAAAUCAAAACAACAUUCAGCGGGAGACCUUGACAAACACUGAGACUGUGAUCAAGACAUCCAUUCAAACUGUCGGCAUUAGGAAGAGCUCUGUAUCUGAGGAAAGCCGUUCUUUUACAGCCAGUCAGUCUUCUAACAGUCAGAUUGUCACAUCCAGUGUGAACAACUUAGUCUCAUCGCAUCACGAACAGAUGCAAGCCACCGAUGUGUCCGUGACCCUGAAGGAUGGGACAGCAGAAGGUGAAGAAGUGCAUGUUGAAGUUUCUGACUCAUUAAUGUUUGAAGGGCUCAAAGGUGCUGUUAGUCUCAGACAGCUAAUAGAAGCCAAACUAUUGGAUGUGGACACUCUCAAUCAGUUGAAAUCUGGCCAGAAAACCAUGGCGGAUGUUCAGGCCUUGCUUACAGUAUUCACCAGCAAAGCGUCUGCGAUCGCGGGUGUCUACUCGGAAUCAAGCAAGAAAAAGAUCUCCUUCAUGGAGGCCUCAGAAAAAGGCUUCAUAGCAAAGACUUAUGCAAUAGAGUUCCUAGAGGCACAGGCAGCCACUGGGCACAUUAUAGAUCACAUCACAGGUGAAACCUACUCAGUCCAGGAGGCUCUGGAGAAGGGUGUUGUUGAGGAGGAGCUUAGGGACAAACUUCUAGAUGCUGAGAAAGCAGUAACUGGGUAUAUACAUGGUAGCCGGACGUUGUCUGUAUUCCAGGCGAUGGAGAGUAGGAUUCUCGAUAGACACAAAGGAAAGAAAAUCAUUGAGGCGCAGAUAGCCACUGGGGGGCUAAUUGACCCAAAGAGUGGCAUCCGAGUGCCUCUGGCCAUUGCCCUAGAGAAGGGUCUUUUGAAUAAAGCCACCCUCCAGAGCCUGUAUGAUCCAGUCAGCAAUCCUAAAGGUUUCCACAACCCAGACACAGGACAAAAGGCCUAUUAUGGUGAAUUGCUCAAGACGUGUGUCUAUGAUGUUGAUGGCCAGGUCUACCUCCUUCCUUUUGGUAAUCGGCAUCUCUCAAGCAUCACCCUUACUAGAGCCAACAGAGUAUCCGUCAUCAGUAGUAGUUCCGGCGCAGAAAUGUCCACAUUUGAGGCAUACAGGGACAAACUGAUAAACAAAAAUACCUACCUGUUGCUUUCACAGCAGGAGAGCACAUGGGAGGAAACCACAUUAGCAGAUUCGGGUGGAGGCUCCUUGCAUAUUUUGACAGACCACAGAAGUGGAAGACAACUUUGCAUCGAGCAUGGCUUGAAACUGAAGAUCCUAACAACGGUAGAACUGGAAAAUUACAGAGCUGGGCUCUUGAAAAUCAAUGAGCUUGCAGAUCUCUUGAUUUUGAGGAGAACAGUCCUUGAAGAUCCCCACAGCCCUAUCGCAGGACUUUGGGAUGUUUGUCAAAAGCAAAGGCUCUCCAUUCUCAAGGGGUAUCAACAGAAUCUCGUGGACAGGCUUACUUUACUGAGGCUACUGGAAGCCCAAGUCUGCACGGGUGGCAUUUGUGACCCGGCAUUGGGAGACAAAGUCAGGGUCACUGAAGCUCUUCAAAGAGGUCUUGUGGAUGAGACAUUAGCUCGACAUCUACAGCAGUGUGAGCAGGCAUAUUACGGCAUUGCCGAUCCCCAGACAGCCAAACUCCUCUCGGUGGGCCAAGCCAUGCAGCGUGGCCUGUUCCCCAGAGAUAUGGGGUUGCGGUGCCUUGAGUUUCAGGCACUCACCGGAGGGCUCGUGAAUCCAGAGACUCACUCCAGAAUCACAGUGGAAGAGGCUGUCUCAUGCAACUUGAUUGACGACUCCACUGCCUUGCAACUGAAAGAUGAGAAGAAUCACUCUAAAAGCCUGACGUGCCCGAAGACAAAAAGGAAAAUAUCCUUCAAGGAAGCUUUAGAUAAAGGGGUCUUUGACUGCCACACUGGGCUCAAGCUUCUGGAGGCAACCAAGCCCCACAGUGUUGGAGUCCAGUCAUUUUUCCAUUAUAUUUGGACUUACCCAGCAUAUUUGAAAUGAGACAUUAGAAUGUUGAUUCCAGUUACA